ACUCCUUUCAAGAGCGGCCGCAUUCUGUUUACGUUGGCUAUACGCCUACGCAAAUCCUUGGGGCUGCGAGAUCGAUUUACAGACUUCUAAUUACGUCCUCCUAUUCAUCUCUAUCAUAAUCACUUUGUGUCGACUUUCUGAGCCAGACCUCGAGCGUCAGUCAUGAGGACAGUCUUUCUGUACGGCAUUCUGAUUGUCGCUGGGUUAAACCUAGAGAGCAUUUUUGGAGUGGUAUCUGAUCAAUGCUUGGCAGGAAGACUCGUGGAAUCGUGCACGGCUACAGUGCAAUACUUACGAGAAGAAAUUGCGAAAAUGCAACAGUCAUUCAAUGCGAAGAUCGAAGAACUGCUGGAGAAAGGACGUGAGCGUGACGGUCGGUUUGAGGAUUUGACAUCAGCUAUCCAAAGUGUGAAUGUUACAGUACAGAUACAAGCACAACAUCAGCAGGACAUGCAAUCGACUGUCAGCAAUCAUGAUCAAAGGCUCAAUAGUACCGAAUCAAAAUUGUUGGAAUUGCAAUCUGAGCUGGUGAAACAUAAUUCAACGCUGAACACAUUGUCAGUGCAAGUCGGGGACUUGAAGUCAGAUGUAGCGACAGUAACACAAAAUGUCGGCCAGCAAAAUGACAGCAUACUGGAAUUAAUGGUAGCUGUGAAUAGCGUGAAUGGUACAGUACAGCUACAAGCACAAGAGCAGCAGACCUUGCAACUGACUGUCAGCAACCAUGCCCAAAGACUCAACACCACUGAUUUGAGCCUGGAGACCGCCAAUGAAACCUUAUCAUCAUCUAUUAAUCAACUACAAACACAAGUUAUAGAUAUCAAUGGUAAAGUUGUCAGAUUGAGUGCACCUACUCCUUUGGGUCACGUCUUUGGAUCAGGUGACGCUAACAUCCCUGAGGAAAACGAUGGAAUUGUAACGUUAUGGCAAAAUGACAGAAUGUCGGAUGAUGCCCCCAUCUUAAGUGGAGGUAUGGAAUUUAACGGGACGUCAUUCACAGUGCCAGAAAAUGGGACAUACUACAUUUAUGGCUUGCUGAUGAUUCAACAUGACGGUGUGAGUGAAUGUGGCUGGGAGCUCUUAAUCAACAAUGUUGGAAACUUGAUGAUAAUUGAUCAAAGUAUCAAUGGAACCAAACAGAGUAUAUUUGGGAGUCAGGUUCGUGACAUGAAUGAAGGAGACACAGUGUUGAUGCAAAGCAAAAAUUGCACAUACAAUUUUGGAGUUGACAGAUCUCACCUUGGCAUCUACCAACUGCAACGUGGAAUUUAAGAAAUGUGUUCAGACGCGGUUGUCUAGUGUAAGGCGUUGACUUUGUGUUUAGUUACAAAAAAAUUGUUGUCGUUUAGGAGUCUCAGUGAGGUAUCUAGAGCAAAAACGCGUAGUAAGAUUGAGCUUUUCUGUGGAUCAUUUGGUCAUGUUUAGAUGGAUUUGCUAGCUAGAGAUGUGUGACUUUGAAAGACAAUAAUGCCGCGUCUCUAAAAUAAUAAAACAUCAAACUGGCUUAGAGUACAAGUAUUAUACAGUAAUAAUAUUAUACGGAUUACAG